AUGGAGUUUCCAGAUGAAGACGUGCUGGAAGUUACUCCUCUCUGUGUGAUACCAGGUGACGCCCCAGGUCCUUCUUCCAUUGCUGGAAGUAAGCAAGGUAAUAUUCCUGAUAAACCUCCUCAUCAAAACGGCAUGCACUAUACUGGUCGUGCCAUUAGGAAUCUAGUUACUAGGAUUCUGAAUGAAGGGCAUUCAAUCAAGGGUAAAAACAUACCUAGUAAGAAACCGGUAGAUAAUUCUCAUGAGCCUGUUGAGAAUGUUGUUAAUUUGGAGGAAGAGAGUUCAGAGGAAGAGGAUGACACCUUGGUUCGUCAUGUAAAACCAAGUGCUGCUAAGAAAUUGAAGACCAGAAAAGGGAAGAUUGUGGCUAAAAUGAUGACAGCCAAGACUAGGAAGAAGACUGCUGGUGUAGGACCCUCAAAAUCAUGGAGCAAAGUGGAGGCUAGGAAGAGGAAAGUCAGAGAUAGUUCUGACUCUGAAGAGGAUGUCGAAGACGAUGUCCCAUACAUCACCCCUGCUAAAAAGCAGGCUGUUAAGAAGUCUCCAGGCAAAGCUGCAGCUGUGCACUUAGAUAAAAUCUCUUUUCACUUAGAAGAUGGUGCUGCCAAAUGGAAGUUUGUCAUUCAGAGGAGAGUAGCUGUUGAAAGAGAGCUGGGAAAAGAGGCUGUUGAGGUGAAGGAAGUCAUGGAAUUGAUUAAAGAGCAACAGAGAAUUAUACAAGGUGUUUGUAAGAGGUAG